CCAGGAUGCUUUGCGGCGGAGCAGGCCCCAGCCCCUUUGUGCCAUCCGGGUCUCUGGCGCGAGCGGCUUAGUCAGUCAGCGGCGAAGCCUUGGUGGUGGCGGCGGCGGGUACUGGUGAGAGCGGCGGGUGGAGGCGAGGCCCCAGCGGCCGGGACUCUGUGCAACAUGGCGGCUAGUGACACAGAACGAGAUGGAAUAGCCACAGAAAAGUCAUCUCCAGAUAGAGAGAAAAAAAAGGAGCAGUCAGAUGCCUCUGUUUCUCCUAGAGCAUCAAAACAUCAUUAUUCAAGAUCACGGUCGAGGUCAAGAGAAAGAAAACGGAAGUCAGAUAAUGAAGGAAGAAAACACAGAAGCCGGAGCAGAAGCAAAGAGGCAAGAAGACAUGAAUCCAAAGAUAAGUCCUCCAAGAAACAUAAAUCUGAGGACCAUAAUGACAAAGAACAUUCUUCUGAUAAGGGAAGAGAGAGACUAAAUUCAUCUGAAAAUGGUGAGGACAGACACAAGCGAAAAGAAAGGAAGUCAUCAAGAGGCAGAAGUCAUUCAAGAUCUAGGUCUCGGGAAAGGCGUCAUCGUAGUAGAAGCAGAGAACGGAAGAAGUCAAGGUCCAGGAGCAGGGAGCGAAAGAAGUCAAGGUCCAGGAGCAGGGAAAGAAAGCGUCGGGUUAGAUCUCGAUCGCGGUCAAGGUCAAGGCAUAGGCAUAGAACCAGGAGUCGAAGUAGGACAAGGAGCAGAAGCCGAGAAAGAAAGAAGAGAAUUGAAAAACCACGAAGAUUUAGCCGAAGUUUAAGUCGGACGCCCAGUCCGCCUCCUUUUAGAGGGCGAAACACAGCAAUGGAUGCACAAGAAGCAUUAGCUCGAAGGUUGGAAAGAGCAAAGAAAUUGCAAGAACAGAGAGAAAAAGAAAUGGUUGAAAAACAGAAACAGCAAGAAAUAGUAGCAGCAGCUGCAGCUACAGGAGGGUCUGUCCUCAAUGUUGCUGCCCUUCUAGCAUCUGGAACACAAGUAACUCCUCAGAUAGCUAUGGCAGCUCAAAUGGCUGCACUACAGGCCAAAGCAUUGGCAGAGACGGGAAUAGCUGUACCUAGCUAUUACAAUCCAGCAGCUGUGAAUCCAAUGAAAUUUGCUGAACAAGAAAAGAAAAGGAAAAUGCUUUGGCAAGGCAAAAAGGAAGGGGAUAAGUCACAAUCUGCUGAAAUUUGGGAAAAAUUGAAUUUUGGAAACAAGGACCAAAAUGUCAAAUUCAGGAAAUUAAUGGGUAUUAAGAGUGAGGAUGAAGCUGGUUGUAGUUCAGUUGAUGAAGAAAGUUAUAAAACUCUGAAGCAACAGGAAGAAGUAUUUAGAAAUCUGGAUGCUCAGUAUGAGAUGGCAAGAUCACAGACCCACACACAAAGAGGAAUGGGUUUGGGCUUCACAUCUUCGAUGCGGGGAAUGGAUGCAGUUUGAAAAAAACAUGAUUUUAAAGUUUGGGACUUUGUGAAAUUCUUGUUCUGAUGUCAGGUCCUUGUUCACCAAACAGCUAGCAUUCUAGCUUGCAUGGGUGUUGCAUUGACUUUAAUUUAUUGAAAAAUACAAUUUUUUUUGUAAAUAUCAGAUCAGUGAUACUGGUGUUAGUGUUGUAAUCAGGUUAAACCCACUUCCAUUAAACUUGACAGAACUAUAGAAGGACAAUAUUUUUUAGUUACCAAGUUCUACUUUUCAAACAAAUGUAAAGCUGCAGGUGGGGUAAAAUCUCAUACAUGGAUAUUUCGUGUCCACUGUCUUGUGUACUUUUGUACUUAACCUUGUACAGUUAUUUUCAUCUCUUGAAACAUGAAAGAAAUGUUGUGUAGAUGUUCUUUAGAAGAUCUGGCCAUUGGGCACAUAGUCCAGCACAGAAAGCUGGAUGGUGAUGAUAAUAAAAGAUGUUUUUCUCAAAACUGGUGUUACUUUAAGUUCCCUGAAAUCCUUGUUUGAGUUGGUUUCUUUUAUGGUUGCUACAGCAUUUUGGUAUACUUAAUAAAAUAAAGACCAAUUAGGAAUUCCCUUUAAUAGAAUAGUUAGAACUAUGCUGUAGGGAAUGCCAUAGUGAGGAAAAAUGUAAAAGAUUUUAGGGGGCAGGGGAUAACAGAAGCUGAAUUGAAAACUUUAUUUCACCAAAACAGUACUGUUCUUUGCUGCUGAGGGGGGUGGGCAGGGUUGGGAGGGUGUACAGCAUUUGUUAAAUAACUGUAUGUUAUUCAGGUAAUAGAUUAAUGCAUUAAGGGUGUAAGCACUUUUAUUACAAUAAAGUGCCUUAUAACAGAACAGUGUUAUGUAUGCACUUUGCUUGAUCAACCUGAGUUGGGAUCUUUUCAUCUCUCUGAGAUAUCCAACUUUGCAAAUUAGCUGCAUUAUUAAAGACAUACAGCUCUUGAAAACCACUUUGUCGCUAAAUGGAAUCAGGCAUAAAACUCUCGAGUUUGUGAUUUUGUAUUAUGUUAGAUCGGCAAAACAUCACUGUAAAAGGGAUCCAAGUAACAUGGCCAUGGCUUUUGUGGUUUUUUUAACUUCUAUUAAAAUUAGUAAUUAUGCUU